GUUAGACACGACUUCGCUGUAACCAUGAAGACUGUUAGAUCAAAGCCCUCGUCCGGUCUUCAAUAUCUAGCUGGCUGAUUCCAGCCUCUCAGUCAUUCGCCUUCCAGCCUUUGCCCACAUCAGGCAGCAGCAACAUGGCCAACAUAUAUGCAGAGUAUCUGCCUAAUAUCAAAACUCUAGCCAUCACCACAGUUCUCCUAACUCCGAGGAACGACACAACAUUGUUAUGGUUAUCGAGCGACCGGAAAAAGCUUAUCCUUGAGCAUGCCGAUCAAACCUCUCGCAUCACCCUACCAGCCAAAGUCUCCGGUCAGGGAACUCAACAUCUGCAGCUUCCCGACACAGGAGAACUACAGUGUGUCAACCGCAUACCAGCAGAGCCCAUAUUUUCCGAGGAUACAUAUGUAGAUCUGUGGUCUGCUACAUCUCUUGGACCAGAGACUCGCUUACACUGUAAACGCUGUGACGCGCUCCUGUCAGACAAGAAGAUCAAGAUCUGGAAGGAUCUACCUUCUGAAGCAUGGGCCGAGAUGAUGGAUUUGUGGCAUUGUCACAAACCUGAAGAACCUGAGCCCACUGACGAUGCGCCUGCUAAGAAAGGUUAUGCGGCAGGCAACAAGCUGGUUGCUCAGGUUGGCGUUGGCCUAGUCGAUGUAAUGAGCUUCUUAGUCUCCGAUGAGGACUGCUCAGUUGAGUUCCGAUCGUCAGAAGAUGGUGAUAACAUCCACGAAGUGUACUGUUCGACCUGUGACACAGCACUUGGUCAUCGCGAUCCUCUGAGCGAAGGCAUACGUCUACAAAAGCCAUACCUCGCCUUGUCGUCUUCCCAAGAUAAAAUCACGCGCUCGUAUGAUGCAGCACAUUGGUUUUCUUGUUACCUCAACCAAGCAAUCGAGACACAAGGAGUUCGCAAAUUCGUCUUUCCAAAUCUUCCAUAUGAAAUUUGGGUGUUUUCGACAAAUCUCGCCUACUCAUCGUUGGAGUACCCACAGCCCAAGCAAGCGAUGAAGGUCUUGUUCCGUGAGAGGCAGGGAGGUCAGGAUGUUGAAACGCUUCGAGCAGCGAACCUACUGAUAGAGACACUGACUCUUUCGCCAAUGUUGGAGAAGUUGUUGUAUCAAGUCUUGCAGCGAGAGAACCUCAAGCUACCAGAGAGUUUGAAAGAUUUCAUGGGAUGGCAGGUAGCAGUUUUGCCAGUAUUGUACAGCGCAGAUGUCAAAUCACUAGAGAAUGCCACCUAUCCGUGGCUCUAAAGCAUCGACUAUAGCGAUGAAUUUUGUCGAAUCAAACUCAUGCAUCUUAACCACGAC